AUGAUGCAAAGACUGUGGUUGGCCGAGUUUAUAGAAUUAUAUAGGAAUGAACCUUGCUUAUGGCAGAAUAAAAGUAAGGAGUACCAUGACCGAGAAAGGAAAUCAGCAGCUUACAAGGUAUUAUUAGAAAAAGUUAAAGAAAUUGACUCUACGGCAACUAUAGAUACAGUGAAAAGUAAAAUUAACACACUGCGUUGCACGUUCAAAAAAGAAGUUUUGAAAGUCAAAUCGUCACAAAGAUCAGGAUCUGGCAAAGAUGAUAUUUAUAUACCAAAGUUAUGGUAUUACGAUUUACUACAAUUUCUCACCGACCAAGAAGUACCACGAUCCUCAAGAUCAAAUGUUUCCAAGGAUGACGAAGAAACAAAUGACGAUCAUUUUAAACGUCCUGUACAGCGGAAUGAUCGUUUCGAUAUUUUUGGGAAAAACGUGGCAAUGAAGUUGCGUGAUCUUCGUAAAGAACAGCGCAUUUUAGCGGAAGGUAUUAUAAACGAAGCUCUAUUCUUAGCUGAAAUGGAUAAAUUGAUUAUUGACCACAAAAUAUCGGAUCGAGCAACAAUACAACAAAUAAAUUCUAACACUGCAGAAUCACAGAGCAUAUUUCAGCCAUACCUUUUAGACAACAAUACAGGAAGCGGUACAAAUUUCAAUCCCUGA